AAAAAUAUUUGUAUAUGUUGGGGGAGGAGAAUAAAGACUAUCUGAAGUUCUUUCGGGACCCACACCUUGCUCCUUGCUGGUGGUGGAAGUAGAUCUCUGGCAGACAGUUCCGCAUCACUGAUUCUUCUCACUCUCCUUCAGGUGCUUUUUGGGGACAGCACAGAGGAAGUGGGGUCCUGCUCUAAAGGAGAAAUUUUGCCGUGCAGUUUGCCAAGAUGGUACCCUUAUUUGGAAAGCUUAAAUCUGGAAAUGUCCCCUAAGGAGCUAAUAUUGUAACCACAUCCUUUCUUUUCAGAUAUCCAACCAAACGCGGAGCUGAAGAGCUCUGAGGAGCAGCCCAUGUCCACAGGUUCGGCAGCUUUGAGUGACUACAAUUUAAUCAAACCUCCUGAUAUGGAAAACGUGGACGGUGCGGAAGCCCCAGCCAAUGAAGAUGAAGACCUAGGAGAUGAGUCGGUGAGAGUGAAGGAUGAGUACAGUGAGAGAGAGGAGAGUGUCUUAAAGCCAGAGCCCGUGGGAAGCAUGGAGGAGCCUGAAAUCCCUUACAGCUACACGCGAGAAUACAGUGACUAUGACAGCAUGAAGCUGGAGAGGCACGCGGCCUCCUACGACGGGGGCAGGCCGGCCGGCGGCAAGAUGAGCUGCGACGUGUGUGGCUUGUCCUGCAUUAGCUUCAACGUCUUAAUGGUUCACAAGCGGAGCCAUACUGGUGAACGCCCAUUCCAGUGUAACCAGUGCGGGGCAUCUUUUACUCAGAAAGGUAAUCUCCUCCGCCACAUUAAACUGCACACAGGGGAAAAACCUUUCAAGUGUCACCUCUGCAGCUACGCAUGCCAAAGGAGAGAUGCACUCACGGGGCACCUUAGGACACAUUCUGUGGAGAAGCCCUACAAGUGUGAGUUUUGCGGGAGAAGCUACAAGCAGAGAAGUUCCCUGGAGGAGCACAAGGAGCGCUGCCGCACACUUCUCCAGAGCUCUGACCUGGGGGACACGGCAAGUGCGGAGGCGAGACACAUCAAAGCAGAGAUGGGAAGUGAAAGAGCCCUCGUUCUGGACAGAUUAGCAAGCAACGUGGCAAAACGAAAGAGCUCAAUGCCUCAGAAAUUCAUUGGGGAGAAGCGCCACUGCUUCGACGCCAGCUACAGCUCCAGCUACCUGUACGAGGACAGCGAGCUGAUGCAGACCCGCAUGAUGGACCAGGCCAUCAAUAACGCCAUAGGCUACCUCGGCGCCGAAGCCCUGCGCCCCCUGGUCCAGACGCCGCCCGCACCCCCGUCCUCUGAGAUGGUCCCGGUCAUCAGCAGCAUGUACCCCAUAGCCCUCACGCGGGCCGAGGUGCCCAACGGUGCCCCCCAGGAGCUGGACAAGAAGAACGCAGCCCCGCCAGAGAAGAGCCUGGCUUCCGAAAGAGGCCUCUCCCCGAACAACAGUGGCCACGACUCCACAGACACCGACAGCAACCACGAGGAACGCCAGAACCACCUCUACCCGCAGAACCACGUGGUCCUGCCCCGGGCUCGCAACGGGGUGCCGCUCCUGAAGGAGGCCCCCCGCGCCUAUGAACUCCUCAAGCCCCCGCCCCUCUGCCCGAGAGACUCCGUCAAGGUGAUCACCAAGGACGGGGAGGUGACCGAUGUGUUCCGGUGCGACCACUGCCGCGUGCUCUUCCUGGAUUACGUGAUGUUCACCAUCCACAUGGGAUGCCACGGCUUCCGAGACCCCUUUGAGUGUAACAUGUGCGGCUACCGGAGCCAAGAUCGGUACGAGUUCUCGUCUCACAUCGCCAGAGGAGAGCACAGGGCCAUGCUCAAGUAGAGCACGCCCGACGGGCCGACGUGCUCUUUAAAAACUGAAAGUCCCCAUCCAUGGCUUCCAAGCGCACAGUUCUUCCUCUACCAUUCUCAGCAAGCAGAAAAACUCUGUCCAUUCAGAGAUGCUUGGUUGCUGCUUGUGGGAUACCUUUGUUUUCACACCAGUUGAAUUUUAUGGAAUUUUAAAGACCAAAGAAGUCUAGUCAGUACUUUUUUUUUUUUUUUGAGACAGAGUCUCACUAUGUAGUCAGGCUUAUUUCAGACUCACAACGACCCUCCUGCCUCAGCCUUCUGAGUGCUGGGAGUACAGGUGUAUGCCACCAUGCCUGGCUUAGCCCUUACCUUUGGCAGCAAGAGAAAAGUUGAAACAAUCUUCCAGUUUAGCACCAUGAGACUUUUGUUUUUUUGGUGGUACUGGGAAUCGAAUCCAAAGCUUUCACACUGAACUACACACCCCAGCCCUGUUUA